CCCGCUCGCGAGCUGAUCGAUUUCUCAGAUUUCUCCCUUCUCGUACACACUUUCUUCGACACUUACUUCUACUUGCCUUGUCUUUCUCUCUGCAUCAAACCUCCAAUUUCUAUUUCCACGGGCUCUCGUUCAACAUGUCCGGCCCAAUCGUUGAGGCUGUUCAGAAGCACCCGGCGCCUGAGGGUCUGAUCUAUACGUACGGCACGGCUGGCUUCCGUACGAAAGCCGACGUCCUUGACUCGGUCCUCACACGCGUCGGUCUCGUUGCAGCCCUUAGAUCCCGCUCGUUGAAGGGCAAAUGGAUAGGGGUUAUGAUCACGGCGUCGCACAACCCGCCAGAGGACAAUGGCGUGAAGCUCGUCGAGCCUUUGGGAAACAUGCUGCAAGAAGAGUGGGAGGUCAUCAGCACAGACAUGGCGAACAAAGUCAGUGCAGAGCACGUCUCCAAAUUCUACCACGAUAUCGCCGCACAAUACCGUAUCGAUCUCGAAACUCCCGCUCGCGUCGUUGUAGCCAGGGACACAAGAGCCUCGGGAGCCAGGCUUCUCGGCUGCGUCAUGGACGGCUUGAAAGCCGCUGGUGCUGAAGUCAAGGACUACGGCUUCUUAACCACCCCGCAGCUCCACUACAUGGUUCGGUGUCUCAACACAGAGGAUACUAAGGACGCGUAUGGUACACCCACGGAGAAUGGUUACUACGAGAAGUUUAGCCAUGCCUUCAAGGUUGCUCUGAAGGGGAAGAAGCCCUCCGGAAGCUUGACCGUCGAUUGCGCCAAUGGUGUGGGUGGCCCGAAGCUGACGGAACUCAUCAAGCACCUUCCACCCAAGGAGGAAGCACUGGAAAUAUUCGUAAUCAAUGACAACGUCAUCAAGCCAGAAAGCCUGAACGUGGAGUGCGGUGCGGACUAUGUCAAGACGAACCAAAGAGCUCCUCCCUCCUCCAAAGCCGGCGCCGGCGACAGAUGCUGCUCGCUUGACGGCGACGCCGACCGGGUCGUGUACUACUUCAAGGACAUGAACAACGUAUUCCGACUUCUGGAUGGAGACCGCAUCGCAACUCUCGUAGCUUCAUUCCUCGGCGAUCAGAUCCGGCAAGCUGGGUUGGCAGAUUCUAUCAAGAUUGGAGUCGUCCAGACGGCAUAUGCCAAUGGUGCCGCUACGCAAUACGUCGAGCAACACCUGAAGCUCAAGGUGGACUGCACGCCGACGGGAGUAAAACAUCUCCACCACGCAGCUGAAAAGCUCGACGUCGGCGUGUAUUUCGAGGCCAAUGGGCACGGAACUGUCAUCUUUUCGGAUGAUACGCUCGAGACGAUCGCAAAAUACGAGCCCAAGUCGCCCGGCCAGAAGGAGGCGUUGGACGUGGUGCACGCAUGCAUUGACUUGAUCAACCAGUCCGUGGGAGACGCUCUUUCCGACAUGCUCCUUGUCGAAGUCGUCUUGGCGCACAAGAAUUGGGGACCGCAGGAGUGGCUGUCGACGUACACGGACUUGCCAAAUCGUCUGUUGAAGGUCAUCGUCAAUGACAGGAAGAUCUUCAAGACGACGGAUGCGGAGCGACGCUUGGUCAGUCCUGAAGGGCUGCAGGCACAGAUCGAUAAGGAGGUGCAGAAGGUCCGUCAGGGACGAUCGUUUGCUCGCGCAAGUGGAACGGAGGAUGCAGUGCGGGUGUAUGCUGAGGCUGCGACGAAGGCAGAGGCGGAGGACCUCGCUCGGAAGGUUGCAGAGCUCGUGAAGAAUGCUGGAGGAGCAUGAAAAGGACCCUGGUUCAUAUGGGGACAGGUUUAGUAGACGUGAUGAUUGGACGACUUACGAUAGAUAAAAGUUCGGGUUCAGUCACUAUUCAGCCGAAUUAUGGCCGCGAGAUUCGCUCGGUGCAUAUGCUAUCGAGCAGCGUUUCAAUAAGCCUCCGCGAAUCUAAUCAGCCCGUGUUAAG